AUGCGGUUCGACGUCAAGCGACAACUCUUUGCUCGCUCCGAGCGAGUCAAGGGGAUUGACUUUCACCCCACAGAGCCAUGGAUCUUGACAACGUUAUAUAGCGGCCAUGUCUAUAUCUGGUCCUACGAGACUCAGUCGAUUAUCAAAACCUUUGAGCUUACCGAUGUCCCCGUACGAGCCGGUCGAUUCAUUGCGCGGAAGAACUGGAUUGUUUGUGGCUCGGAUGACUUCCAACUGCGGGUAUACAACUACAAUACCUCGGAGAAGAUUAUAUCUUUUGAGGCACAUCCCGAUUACAUUCGAUCGAUCGCCGUUCACCCAACACACCCGUUUGUGUUGACCGCAUCCGAUGAUAUGACCAUUAAGUUGUGGGAUUGGGACAAAUCAUGGAAGUGCGUACAGGUUUUUGAGGGUCACAGCCACUAUGUGAUGGGUCUCGCCAUCAAUCCAAAGCAUACCAACACAUUUGCUUCGGCCUGUCUUGACAGGACUGUCAAGAUAUGGAGUCUGGGCUCACCUACUCCAAACUAUACUCUUGAAGCACACGAGACCAAGGGUGUAAACCAUGUCGAGUACUACCCACAGGCCGAUAAGCCAUAUCUUCUCACGACCUCUGACGACAAGACUGUGAAAAUCUGGGAUUACACCACAAAGGCAUUGAUUGCUACCCUGGAGGGCCAUACCAGCAACGUAUCGUUUGCCUGUUACCACCCAGAACUCCCGAUCAUUAUUUCCGGUUCUGAAGAUGGAACAAUUAAGCUCUGGCAUGCGAAUACCUACAGGCUCGAACAGUCUCUUAGUUAUGGCCUGGAGAGGGCAUGGUGUGUCAGCUAUCAACGUGGCAAACAGGGUAUUGCAAUGGGUUUUGACGAUGGAGCUGUGGUUGUUAAAAUGGGUAGGGAAGAGCCUGCCGUAUCUAUGGAUGGCUCUGGCAAGAUCGUCUUGGCUAGACACAACGAAGUCGUUUCUACUGUUAUCAAGGGCGGUGACUCAAGUCUGAAAGACGGUGCGCCUCUUUCCCUGCCCACAAAGGAUCUUGGGUCCUGUGAAAUAUACCCACAGACCUUGGCCCAUUCGCCGAAUGGAAGAUUUGUUUCCGUUUGUGGGGAUGGUGAAUAUAUCAUCUAUACCGCCCUUGCCUGGAGGAACAAGGCUUUUGGUCAGGCAUUGGAUUUCGCAUGGGGCUCCAAGGACAACAGCAAUGACUAUGCCAUUCGAGAGUCAUCUACAAGCGUUAAAAUAUUCCGAAAUUUCAAAGAAAAGAGUGGCGGGCUCGAUGUUGGCUUCCAGGCUGAGGGUCUGAGCUCUGGUGUCCUCCUUGGGGUCAAGGGUCAAGGUGGUAUCGGAAUGUUUGACUGGGAGACCGGUAACCUUGUUCGACGGAUAGAAGUCGAUCCUAGAGCGGUAUACUGGUCAGAAUCAGGAGAACUGGUCACCCUUGCAUGUGAUGAUAUCUUCUAUGUGCUUCGCUUCUCACGAGAGAAUUACAUUGCAGGCCUCAAUGCCGGAGAGGCUGACGAGGAUGGAGUUGAAGCUGCUUUUGAAGUUGUUACCGAUGUUAACGAAACCGUCCGCACCGGUGAAUGGGUUGGGGACUGUUUUAUUUAUACAAACUCGACCAACCGACUGAACUACUUGGUCGGAGAUCAGACUUACACCAUUUCACACUUCGACCAGCCCAUGUAUCUCCUUGGAUACCUCCCACGCGAUGGACGAAUUUACCUUGCAGACAAAGAUCUCGCUACUGUCUCGUUUGCCCUCUCACUUUCUGUCGUCGAGUACCAAACUCUAGUGUUGCGAGGUGACAUGGACUCCGCGACCGAGCUACUAGAGGAUAUCCCCCAGGACCAGAUGAACAAGAUUGCCCGAUUCUUGGAAGGCCAGGGCUAUAAGGACCUUGCCCUCGAGGUCGCCACCGACCAAGAACAUCGCUUUGACCUUGCUCUCGGUCUCGGAAAACUUGACAUUGCCCUUGAAAUUGCCAAAAUAACAGACGUUGAACACAGGUGGAAGACAGUCGGUGAUGCAGCUCUGACGGCCUGGGACCUCUCCCUGGCUGAAGAAUGCUUUACAAAUGCCAAAGAUUUAGGAUCCCUGCUCUUGCUACAUUCGUCAAGCCGCAGCACCAAGGGCCUUCAAAAAUUGGCUGAACAAGCAAAGCAGGUCGGCUCGCAUAACAUCGCAUUCUCAGCUCUGUGGCAAUUGGCCGAUAUAGACGCUUGUAUUGACCUCCUUGUUCAAACGAACCGUCUUGCGGAAGCUGUCUUUUUCGCCCAGACAUACAAGCCUAGCCGUACCCCGGAGCUGGCCAUUCAGUGGAAACAGAGCCUCGAAAAGAGUGGCAAAUCCAAAGUUGCUCGUAUCAUCAGUGUUCCGCCAGGUGUUGAAAAUGCCGAUGAUGACUUGUUCCCUGAGUGGGACAGCUAUUUGAAGUUGGAGGCAGAAGGUGGUAUAAAGACCGCGAAUUUGAUUGAUGUUGAUGCUGAUGUUGAUGCUGAUGUUAAUGGUGAUGAGACGGCCACAGAGCAGCCCGUAGAGGAACCGGCAAAUGGUGCUUCUGAAUAA